AUGAUUGCCCGGUCGCCCGGACAGGUUCGAGACAUUCUCGACCAGCUUUCUGCCGACGGAAGCCACGCCACUCGAACGAUUCUGGAACUUGCGGAAAUCGCCUCGUCCGAAGGCAUUUCUCGCGACAACUUCAACUCACUACUCGAUCUUGUUUUCGACCACACACUUGGCGCCACACAGCGGCUCAAUUUGAUUCGGUCAUGUCUUGUGCCGAAACAGGACUUUUUGCUUGAUCCCAGUUUGAUAAACCGCAUUGUCAGCGCGGUCGGCACGCCAGAAAUAUACUACAAAAACGGAAAACAACACAAGCUGAAGCGUUUACCCAUAGCAAGCCAGCAGGCACUUCUCGAGUGGUUGAUAUGUGCAUUGCAUCUAUUUGGAACGGCGGUGUUCCGCCGUUUACAAUUGCGCCGCUCGCUCCCUCUUUUGUUCGGUCUCUUGCUGUACGAGUUUCUGAGACCGUAUCUUUCUGUUUUGAUCGUUGUGGCUGUCCACGAGACUGAGCCCUUUGUUGGGAGCAAGCACAGCCCGAUCCGUCUGUGGCAUGUGCACCUUGUGGCUGAUUUGGCCGACAAGUUUCCCUUUGACUCGUCACUUCAGAUGCUCCUAGCCUUUUUCCGCAAGCAUAUUCCAGGUUUAGAUUAUGCCACGCUUUUCAAAGACCGGCAACUCGUCAGACUCGAGCAGAACUUCGAUAUGCUAAACUACCCGAACCCUGACAUCAGGCGGUUGCUUGAGUGGAAACCAGACGAGGACAAUCUUGUAUCGGCCCAAAUGAAACAGGUCGAACUACACUUGAAACGGGUCUUUGCCCGUUUUGAGCAGCAAUCAGCGAAAAAGAAGAAAGUUGGGCUGGAGCCUGACAACUUCGACGCUCUCGAGUGGUCAUCCUCUUCUGUUUCAAUCGCCACUGUCGAUUCUCUUCGCAGUUUGGUUUCUAAUUUCGAAAACAUCACAAUGUCCAAUAUCACAUCUGUUUUGAGUGUCUCUUCUCUCCCUAACGAGCACUUGCGAUGCAUGUUUUUGGCUCUACUGUUAAUAGACCAAGAAAGCGACAAUCACAGAAUCAAAAAGCUCGAAUAUGCCAUCAAGUACCAUGUGUUGAGCGACAAGCCGCAAAAAUCACAUUUGGCGCUAUCACAACUCGCCAAUUUUUCUCACUAUGGGGGUCUCAAAUCACUACUGGCACCUCUUUUGGAGUACUCAAGUCACAUAGCGCAAUCUCCCAACGAAUAUGUUGUUUCAGUUCAAAUCCAACUUCUUGAACUUCUUCCGCCUACAAAAAACAUAAUCGACGCUUUCAGCAGUACAAUUACUAACCUUGAUGCUGUGCAAGAAAGCGUCAGUAAAUCCAAGGCUUCUCUAUUGGCAAGACAGUUUUUCAUCAAACUUGCCCGCUGCAUUUUCAAAUGGAAUGUACUUUAUAGCACACUGGACUUGUGUUCGGAAUUUCCCGUCAUGGUGGUCGAUAUCCUCUCGCAAGUUUUUGCAUUCGUUCAAAAAAGAUGGAUGCUGUUUCAGCUUGGGGCCCAGUUUGCUUUUCUAGAUAUUUUUACUGCACUCAAAUCUGUUGAUGCUGAGGACAUCAGAACAUGGCAGAAAGCUAGUGCUCUCAUACCUCCUCCGGUAUUAAUGUAUCAACUUCUUGUCUCAACAAACCCUUACGUGUUGUCUGAAUCUCUUGGCUACCUAGCUUUCUUAAAGAAAGUUACAUUCGAAGAUGAAUCUGCCUUACAGCUCCGAAACUCCUAUGUUGUCGAUGCAAUCAAUUUUCUCUGGAAAGAAGCAGCCUUUAAUAAAGAAGCCGAAACGUUGAACUGGGGGAUGAUGCUUGACAGCGGCUUUAUCGAAAAGAUCAGUGCCCACAACUACUUUGGUUACUCGGACCAAAUUCGACUUCGCACCGUUGGUGGCUUGGUGCAAAACCCUAGUUUGGCUUACAUGUGCGCAGAGCUAGUUUGGAUGCUAGAAGAUCAACAACAGGAUAUCAACAUCCGGCACCCGGGCCCCUUGGCCGAAGAAACAGUGAAACAGCUUCAUCAAGACGAAGAAGUCACGUGGCUUCCACUCAGUUAUCAUGAUAUUCGAGUGACGCUUCUCAACAAUCUUGACCGGCGCGGAUUCCACGGCAUGUGCGAUUUACUUUUCUCGCUGUUGAAGCUGUUGGCGGGGCGGAGAGGACGCUAA